AUGAUUUUUUCAAUAGUCUUAGCUAUCUUCAUUCAUUUGUUUUUAUUUUUUAUCUCCAAACACGACAUCAAUACCCACAAUAACCCAACACCAUCAAAACAACCACAAGAACCAGUAGGAACCAAGACCAACAAUAACCCACCAUCAACACAAUCCCAAAAACCAGAAGGAACCAAGACCAACAAUGACCCACCACCAUCAACACAACAAGCACAAUCUCCAAAAUCAAAAAAUAAAUUUGUAGGUGGACCAAAUUUAUUUAAUAGACCAUCACCUUAUCUUGUUCAAUCAACACCACAACAGGCACUUCCAAAACAACACGAAGCUCAACCUCCACAACCACCUCAACCUCCACAAGUAAGACCUGUUUCGGAAAUCCAAAACGGACCACCUCCAGUACCAAAUGGCAAUUCACCAGUAAAAUCUGAUCCACCAAAACCACCAAUGAAUAGACCACCAUCAACACCAAACGGGGUACCACAAGAAAGACCUGUAUCACCAAUCCAAAACGGACCACCUCCAGUACCAGAUUGCCAUUCACCAGAAAUACCACAUUCCAAACCAAAACAUAGUGCAUCAAUCCCAGAUUAUAAAAAACUAUUUCAAGCAAUGGAUGCAUAUGAAAAACAACAACAACAACAAGAACAAGAGCAAGAACAACAACAACAACAACAACAACAACAACAACAACAACA